AUGCAGAACUAUUUUAAUAUGAUGAUCAUCAUGCAAAUCUUUAUGAGCAUUACCUAUUCAUUGGUCUAUAUAAUAGUAAUAAUGAAAGCUUUUAGAAGAUUUGAGACUUAAAGCUUAGAUACUGAGGAGCAUGAUGAUGAUGAUGAUUAGGAAGAGAGAAUGGCUUCUGAUAUCAAAUCUAUUGUGUUAUUGAGAUGCUCUUUGAUAAUUAUAUGUUAUACUAUCGGGUGCUCCUGCUGUUUUUGUACUUUUAGCAAGUUUAAGAAACACCAGCAGAUUUAUGAGGAUAUAGUAUUUGCUGAUCCUAAUACACCAGUCCCCUCUGAUAGUAUGAAUAUGGAUGUUAGCCAUAUGCAGCAUGAGAUACAGCUAAAUGUUUCAAAUAGAGUUUGA